CAAGAGCCUGAUUAAAGUUUUACCAGCAUGUGGGAUGGAGAAAAAGAAGCAAAGGUCUUCUGUAAAGGCUUCAGAUGGAGGUGACCUGCCAAGUGCCAGCUCUCACUUCUCUGAUAUGUCUGCACAUGUGUCUGGCUGGUAAGCCUUGAUGGUCACAUGGACCUCAGGCAGAAACUUCCCUCCCUGCUUCCAGUCUCACUCUUACUUCAUUACUUGCAAGUUUUGCAAAUUAGUCCAAAGCAGAAGCACUUUUGUCAGACUCUGCUGUUGAUCCUGGGCUUCGUUAACUGCCAAGAUCUGUUUUUCCUCUCCACUGAACCUCGACUGGCUAUUCACAGAGGAACUUUUUACUGCAAGAAAAUAAAAAUAAUACAAAAAAUAAAAUGACUCUCCUCUUCAGGAAAAAAUCUUUUGCGCAGUUAUUUCUUGUGCUCUGUGUUUUUGAUCCUGUGCUGUUUGGGAAUGUAAUUUGGGGUAUACCCAUGGAAGAUCAGGAUUACUAUCUGCAGGAAAUCAUCAACAGGAAUCAUUAUUAUUCUUUCCCAGAUUCAGAGGAGGAAUUUUCACCUUUCACAGAACGGCCAAAAAAAGAAGAAAUGGAGCCCCCUGCAGAGAAACAAGACUCUCCAAAAUUCAGACCAGGCAAGAAAGAGUUAAAAUUGAAGAAAGUCAACAAAAAAGACAGAUCGCCUUUGGAAACCUCACCAGCUAAAAAUGGCAACAAGAAAGGUGAGAAAAACAAGAAGAGCAAUGAAAGAACACCAGAUGGCAACUAUGAAAGGCGAAGCACUCAUGAAGUCAUUCGAGAAAGUUGCCCUCCCCUGGGUCUUGAGACUUUAAAAAUAACUGACUUUCAGCUGCAAGCAUCGACAAUAAAACGAUACGGUCUUGGGGCCCACAGAGCACGACUAAACAUUCAGGCAGGUAUUAAUGAAAAUGAUUUUUAUGAUGGUGCUUGGUGUGCAGGACGGAAUGAUCCAUACCAAUGGAUUGAAGUAGAUGCUCGGAGGCUCACAAAGUUCACAGGAAUUAUCACACAGGGAAGGAAUUCUCUCUGGCUGAGUGACUGGGUAACAUCUUACAAAGUUAUGGUGAGCAAUGACAGUCACACAUGGAUCACUGUCAGAAAUGGUUCUGGAGACAUGAUUUUUGAAGGCAACAGUGAAAAGGAGAUUCCAGUCCUCAAUGAGCUGCCAGUACCACUGGUUGCACGUUACAUUCGGAUAAACCCUCGAACAUGGUAUGAGGAAGGGAACAUAUGCAUGAGACUAGAAAUCCUAGGCUGUCCUCUCCCAGAUCCAAAUAAUUAUUACCACAGAAGAAAUGAAAUGACAACAACGGACAAUCUUGAUUUUAAGCAUCAUAACUACAAAGAAAUGAGGCAGCUGAUGAAAGUGGUGAAUGAAAUGUGUCCAAAUAUCACAAGAAUUUACAAUAUUGGGAAAAGUCACCAAGGGCUAAAGCUGUAUGCUGUUGAAAUCUCGGACAACCCAGGAGAACACGAAGUUGGUGAGCCAGAAUUUCGAUACAUGGCUGGAGCUCAUGGGAAUGAGGUACUUGGACGUGAGCUGCUACUUUUGUUAAUGCAAUUUAUGUGCCAGGAAUAUCUGGCUAGGAAUCCACGCAUUGUGCGCCUCAUUGAGGAUACCAGAAUUCAUCUUCUUCCUUCAGUUAAUCCUGAUGGAUAUGAAAAGGCCUAUGAAGCGGGCUCAGAAUUAGGAGGCUGGUCUUUAGGGCGAUGGACCCAGGAUGGUAUUGAUAUCAAUAACAACUUUCCUGACCUAAAUACUCUGCUUUGGGAAGCUGAGGAUCAGAAAAGAGUUCCAAGAAAGGUCCCAAAUCAUCACAUACCAAUUCCAGAAUGGUACCUGUCUGAAAAUGCAACAGUGGCAGUUGAAACACGAGCAGUGAUAGCAUGGAUGGAAAAAAACCCAUUUGUGCUUGGGGGCAACUUGCAAGGAGGAGAACUAGUUGUUGCCUAUCCAUACGAUAUGGUCCGAUCAACAUGGAAAACCCAGGAACAUACUCCUACCCCAGAUGAUCAUGUUUUCAGGUGGCUGGCAUAUUCAUAUGCCUCCACUCACCGCCUAAUGACAGAUGCUAGGCGAAGAGUGUGUCAUACAGAGGACUUCCAGAAGGAAGAUGGCACUGUGAAUGGGGCUUCGUGGCAUACCGUUGCAGGAAGUAUAAAUGACUUUAGUUACCUGCAUACAAACUGCUUUGAACUAUCCAUAUAUGUUGGCUGUGAUAAAUAUCCUCAUGAAAGUGAAUUACCUGAAGAGUGGGAAAAUAACCGGGAAUCCCUGAUUGUUUUCAUGGAGCAGGUACACCGGGGAAUUAAAGGCUUGGUGAGGGAUCUCCAUGGAAGGGGAAUUCCAAAUGCCAUUAUUUCUGUAGAAGGCGUUAAUCACGAUAUCCGCACAGCAAGCGAUGGAGGUUAUUGGCGCCUUCUAAACCCAGGAGAAUAUGUAGUCACUGCAAAAGCAGAAGGCUAUACAGCUUCCACCAAAAACUGUGCUGUGGGGUAUGAUAUGGGUGCAACCCGGUGUGACUUCACAAUCAGCAAAACCAACCUGGCCCGGAUCAAAGAGAUCAUGGAGAAAUUUGGAAAGCAGCCCAUUAGCCUGUCACUCCGACGACGCAGGCAGCGAGCAAGGCAGAGACGCCAGCAGUAUAGACCACUUUCUACAGUGUAACAAAUUAGGCUAUCACGUUCUGCGCCUACACUGAGAUAGUAGGGAAUGUAUAUAUAGGGGAUACUUUCCAUAUCCCCUUUCUAACAAUAUUUUCAUUAGGGAUCUUGUACUGAAGAAUUACUUUGGCAGUCCACAGCUCAAUACUUUAUAUACUCUUCUGAAAAUAUUGGAACAAAUCAAUCUCUAAAUAAGUCCCACAAAGUAGCAAGUGCAUAUGGCACCUGUAUCCUCUGACCCAGAGGAAAACUUUAUAUGCCCAGGUGCUGAGAAGACAAUGUUCCAUACAGGUACAAUAUCAGAUAAUAUACUGCAUUUGAAAUUGCUGAAUUAAAGAUGCUGAGACUUCCAGGAUUAGGUUUGGGGGCUGCAAAUGAGAUUUCAGGAUUUAAUGCUAAAUAUAUGAAUGUAAAACUUUGGGCUUAGGAAGAGGAUUUGGAUUCUGUCCAAGAUACCAGAUGCCUGUUUCAUCCAGCACCUCUUUUGGGGCAAUGGUUUCCAGACAAAUGCAACAGGAAGCAAGAGAGGCGUGAAAAAGUAAAAAGCAACUAAAGUUGGGUCACUUUGUCACAAAAAAUUAAAACACUUAGAUGAAUGGGUUCUCUUGAUUUUUUUUUCAGAUAUCACCUCAGCGUCAGUCUGGAACUGAUUUAAAUAUGUUGUCAUUAGAGCAACAGUUUGGUGGACUUAAAGGUUCAAAGGUCAACAGUGACCAUCACCUCUCGGCCACCACCAAUCAUCACUAUGUCAGCUGUUUAAUGAAUGCAUUGUUCACUGCUAAUGUCUAUUUGUUUAGACCAUUAUCAUUAUGUUUCUAUUAUACAGUUCAAUGUACUUAAUGCUGCCAGAGUCACCAAAUUAGUGCAAAAGCAGAGGUCUUAUGCUGAUGGAAAACGGUCCAUAUGCUGUCAUAUUCUUCAAGGCUCACAGUACUGGGAUUAUCCUCUUCCCAUAAAUGGUAGCAGGGCUAGUUAAAUCAUGAAAGGCACAGUUAUUUAUAGUUAUAUGAUGGUAGGCAAGAGAACUGAUGAAGCACGGAGGCUGUGACUGAACUAUGGGAUCAGGAAGCCCCUGUUUAUCUCACCUCUGCCCCUAAUCAUUAGGUGGUCUUUGGCUCAGUUCCCCCAUUCACAAUAUGAGAAUAAUGAUAUUUACUCAUCUUACAGGAUUCAUAUAAGGAUUACAACAAGACCAUGCCUCUGAAAUACUUUGGACACUGUAAAUGAUGCAUGCAGUAUACGUAUACCAGUAAAUAAACUUACAAUAUCUUUUACGUUUUCAGAAAGGAGGCCAACUUGUGAGGUCUGCUUUGGUCAGUUCUUCAGCUUAAGCCUUGAUGCUAAGAUUUGAACCCCAUUUUGGGGUUGAGUCCUGCUUUGUCAUUCAGUGCCAAUGCCAUUAUUCUUUUCUUACCUCAAAAAAUAAGCCAGUUAUGUUAUACAGACUAUAUGAUAGCAAGACCUUCAUGGGUGGUUUUGAAUACACUAUGCUUACUAAAACCAUUAUGAGUUCUACUUACAGUGGGUUCCUUACAUGCUGUCACCUCAUGAAACAUGUAGGAUAGGGGAAGAUCAAAAAAGUAGCAUUCAAAACUAAAGCAAUAAACAUAUUUCAGGUAGGAUAUAGAUAUGGGAAAUGCCACAUGGUUCUUCUAUAUAGUUUAUUAGCACUUAUUAGCAAAUCAUCCAUAACAAGCAGAAGCCACAAGAUGUUUGAGUAGAUCUUUGCAUUAUAGCAUUUAUAGUCAUAUAUCCAAGUAAGUGCGUAUAAACACGCACAUACAUAGAGCAUCAUGACACUGAUAUACCACAUCCAGCAUGGCAAGUGUACACAUAUUUCAAAUCUGGUGUUCCCUUUGGAUUGAAAGAAAUAGGGAUGAAUGAUUACUCCUUUCAUAGAUUCUUGGUGUAAGGAAAAUGCCUUAUACUAGGUAAGAGUAUUUGCCAAUGAAGCUCAAGAUUCCCUUCACCUGUCUGGAAGUGGAUCUCCAGUUCUUUCACAUGGUCUGUUGUCUGUCACCUGGUCCUUUUAACUAGAGAUGCCAGGGACUGGAAUUUUGCAUGAAAACUGGGUGCUGUGCCACAGUGUUAUGGGCCUACCUACUUUCAAAUGCUUGUCUAGUUAAGCAUUCAUGAUCUCAUAAUUGACAGUACCGUCCUGCUUGGAGAAAUCGGGUUCCCAUCAUUCCUGGAAUCCCUGGAAUCACCAUGUUAUAUACAGCAGAGUUUCUGUCUCUGCUGCAGCCUUUUUGCCUGGAAAGGCCCCCUCCUCUGUUAUCUGCCAAUAGACUUCUCCCUUUGAAAAAUCAUGCUCCCCAUGGAAUGGAAUGCCCCAGUAUCAAACUUUUUUGAUCCACCUGCCAAUCAAAAUGAAGUUCUUAGCUGACUAUGAAUAGAGAGUAGUUCUGUGUAUCAACAUAAAAUACUCCCCCCCAAAUGAACGAUGUCUGUAGCCCUUUUUCAACUUUUCAUAGUUCUGCAUUCCAAUGCAUUUUUCCCACAGUUUUGAGCGGGGCAGAACUUUGAAUAUACUAUGCAAGAGAGUUACCUUCCUUGGCAUGACAUUGAAAGAAUUGAAUGGGAAGACAGACAUGUGAAAAAUACUUACUGGCCUAAAAUCAAGGGCUUAAAUGAAAAACCUUCAGCCACUUCAUGAGUUUAAGCAAGGUUAGUGGCAACCGUCUGCUCGGCAAAUUUAACUCACCCCUACAUUCAGUGGAAAAUGUGUUCCUAUUUUCUCAGGAGGAGAACAUUUUCACAAAACAGUGGGAAUUUCAGCCUAACCUUAAUUACUACUCCCAGCAUACCACAUGACCAGUAUCAUGCUAAAAGGUCCUUAGGUCCAUGCACAUGUUGGCUUCUAGUCAUUCUGCAUUGGAUAGCCAAAUGCAGCAGCCAGGAACACAGAUCACUCAUGUGUAAACACUGCAUAUAUAUGGCCUAAUGCACAGACUUUCA